AUGGCCGUCUGCGAUGGCUCUCUAGCAAUCGGUGCGGAACUACACUUUGUCGGCAGCGUUCCUCUUCCUCAUCGUUUCGCGUCAUCCGCAAAUGACGAGGCGGAUACAAGGGUCGCCCAUAUAAUACGGGAGCGAUGCUGCGGAUUCGCAGAACUAACCUUCAUCUUUACCAUCUUCACCCGUACGAUGUUUGUUCAGUUCGCCGCCACUAUUUUUCUCGUCCCAGUUGCGAUCCACUUAGUGUCUGCAGCACCUGUGGUCAAAACUGUGCAGCUGCAUCCGUUCGGACAAUUAGGCAAAUGCUUGGAUCUGCAGGGAAAUAUCAGAUCAGGGGGACAACCGGUUCAAGUUUAUGACUGCAAUGGUUCCUCUGCGCAAAACUGGGAAAUUUCAGAUGGUCCCACCGUGGUGAAACUCGCGGGCACAAACUACUGCCUGGACUCUGGCGACACCGUCGCCGAUGGCAAUCGUAUUGAAGUGAAGACUUGCAAGGCUGGUAAGGCGUCGCAGCAGUGGAAUUACACGGACGACAAGCACAUCGAGAAUCAAGGUGAAUCAACCCAUUUCAUCACGUCGAACUUAACUCAGUUCAAUAAAGGUCAAUGCGUUGAUUCCGUCAAAGGAAAUAAUCAGAACGGCAACCGCGUGCAGUCCUGGAAGUGCAGUAGGCCUUCCCAGCAUCAGGUGUGGAGCACCGCUCGCACGAGUACCUAG